AUGAAGCUCAAAGUUGCUUUUGUGAAGGGGAGACAAAUAUCAAGUGACAUAUUACUUACACAUGAACUUGUUAAGAAUUACAACACGAAACACAUCUCUCCAAGAGUUAUGCUUAAUAUAGACAUUAAAAAGGCUUUUGAUAUCAUUAGCUGGAAGUUUCUUAAGGAGAUGCUCAUUGGCCUGGGAUUUCUUGAUGCUAUCAUAAAAUGGAUUAUGGCUUGUAUUACUUCCCCUAAAUAUUCUAUAGCCUUAAAUGGAUCAUUGCAUGGUUAUUUCAAAGUUUCAGGUCUUGAUGCAAACUCGAGCAAGUGCUCAAUCUUUUAUGGAGGGGUUGAUGAUUCUAUUAAAGCCUCUAUAUUCAGUUGCUUGGGUUUUUCAGAGGGAACUAUGCCCAUAAGAUAUCUUGGUGUUCCUCUUAUAUGCAAAAGGCUUUCUUACUUAGAUUGCUCACCUCUCUUCAACAAAAUAUCUGAUCAAUUUUAG